AUGAAAUUCGCCCAAGUAAGAAAGAUCAACAGCCAGAAAGGCUCGUCACCCAUCAGAGGCGCCCUGUGGCCCCCGCCACCUCCGCUGCGCUCGGCCACGGCAAGACCCAAACCCACCCUCCGCCGCCUUCCCGAGGCACCCGAGGAAGCAGAGCCCCGCGGCCGCAGACCCCCUGCCCGGACGGCACGAGGACCGUCCCGGCAAACGGCCCGAGGUUCCCCACCGAGGAGCGAGCCCGCUGAUGCGUUCAAAACAUAUGUUGUUUUAAAAGUUCAAAAUUUAAAAAGCACUACAAUAGACAGAAAAGGAAGUGAACCUUGCUGGGAACAGGACUUCAUGUUUGAAAUCUGUGCUGAUGGAAGGGGCUUCAUUAUAGAGCUGUGGAAGAAAGGCUUGCUCUGGGAUAGCAUUUUAGGAGUUUUAUGGAUUCCCCUUGCAACUGUGGAACAUGCAACAGAUGAAGGUCCAGGUUCCUGGUGGACAUUGCAUUCUGAAGUAAUAAAAAACGGGAGUGAGAUUCAAGGCACAAAAACACCAACUUCACAUGAGAUCUUACUGGAUGUCUACUUUGCAUUACCGUUUGAUAGCCACAAAGAUUUAGAUUGCAGAGGCUGGCACAGAGAGGCACCCCUCCAAGGUAUAAGACAUUCACAUCAAGAUACAUAUGAUAAUCUGUUAUCCAUGGAAAGUGGUCUCAGCAUACAAGAAAGCAAACUAAGGAGAAAUAAAGAUCAAGCUGAUGGAAGAAAUUUUGCAAAAGCAAGAUGGGCCAGGGCUAUUCAGGAGACACUUCAAGAAGCCAUGCGCAACAGACUGAGAUUUUGCAAGACAUACAAAAACCCUUCAGGAUUUGGUUUCAAACAAGCAGAUGUGUGA